GUGCGGCCGUUCGUCCUGAAGAGCGAGGCUACUCGGACGGACGUCGCAGUUCAUACCAGGGUCGUGAAGGUGACAGGGCAUUCUAUUCAAGACCACCUUCUGUCUCCGGGUUGGAUCGUGGCAGGGAUCAUUAUGGAGGGACAGACGGUCCUCGCGCUGCUCGGUCCAACAGUGUGGACGCUUAUCCGCGAGGCCAGAACAGUAACCACUACGCUGAGCUGCCACCACAGCGUCAGCAAGACGUUGACCUGCCACCAAGGCCUCAACCCGAUCGUCGACCGCUGUAUCCCGAAGAACCGGCUAAGACGCGGUAUGAUGCACCUGACAGACCGACAGUCGAGCCCAGACGCGGUACACGCUGGGACCGACCUGCUGGAGAGCCUCCGCGUCAGGGUGAGCCAUCUGUUGCUACUCGUCCUGACCGUGAAGAUAUGGAGAGUGCACCGGAGAAAGGAAGGGCCGCGGAUCAAGAUCCUGAACUAUCGCGAACCUCGAAACCAGUCCGCAUCCGCCGACCCCAACCCUCAUCUCAGCCACCCGCGACCUCGGCGUCGCUGUCCGCAGAGCGCCCGCCGCCGCCCACAAACGAGAGAUAUCUUGGCAACAACGAUCGAGAAGGAAGAUAUCUCGACAUGCGCGGUGAUAAGGGGAACUAUGAACGACCUAAUAUGCAGCGGCGUGGAGGGUCUUUGCUAGAGCGGC